GAACAUGUUGCUGCUGGGGGUCACACUUUGGCCUACACCUGCCCUCCUCAUGCACAUUCAGUACUAGGAAGAAGACAAAGCACAAGCGGGAAUGACGCUGAAUGCGUCCAGAUCAUGGCACGGGUCCCUCAUGGCCAACUCCUCAUGCGGCCACAAUAUGACAGAGUGGGAGGAGCUUAUGGACAAAAUGUACACAUACUUCUACCUGCUGCUCUUCAUACCAGGACUGCUGCUCAAUACCAUUGCUUUGUGGUUCUUCUGCACACAGAAUAGAAAGAAGAUCAAGACGGUGAUCUUCAUGGUAAACUUGGCCUUGGCCGACCUGGUCCACAUCCUCUCUCUGCCACUCAGGAUCUAUUAUUACUUGACACAUACGUGGCCCUUUGGACACAUCGUCUGCUUGCUCUGCUUCUACUUGAAGUACCUCAACAUGUACGCGGCUAUUGGGUUUUUGACGUGCAUCAGUGUGCAGAGGUGUGUGUUCCUGCUUGACCCCUUCUCCACACGGAGGUGGAGAAGCCGCUUUGACCUUGCCAUCAGCGUGCUGGUGUGGGUGCUGGUCGGUCUGGCCUGCUCACCUUUCAUCGUCAUGCGAGCCAGCAGCAGCGCCUCGAACCCUUCCAUAACUUCUCAGCAUGUCUUAAACAAGUCCGCUUUUCUGCACGUCACCCAGGAGCCAGCCCGCUGUUUCAAAGACUUGCCCAUGCGUCAGGUGCCCCUGCCCCUGGGUGUCACCUUGAUGGUGUUCUGCGAACUGUUUGGUUUCUUGAUUCCGUUGGUCUGCAUUAGUUACAGCUCUGUCUGCAUCAGCCGCUCCCUCUACCAGAGCUACUCGCAGGCUUCAGGCAACUCCUCCUUACGUCGCCUCUCCUCGUUCACCUCGGCUGAUAUCAACCAAACUAAUGGGGAGAAGCGGCAUGCCUUGCGGAUGGUGCUGAGCUGCUCCAUUGUGUUCCUGUUGUGCUUUGCCCCGUACCACAUCAACUUCCUGCUUUAUCUAAUGGUACAGCAAGGUCUUGUAUCAGAUUGUGCCUUCAGGCUAGCCGUACGCCAGUUCCACCCAGUUUCUCUGUGUCUGGCCAAUCUAAGCUGCUGCCUCAACCCUCUGCUCUACUACUUUCUCACCGCAGAAUUCAAGUUGCACUUUAGCAGGCGCACCUUGUCGUCGACGAGCUCCCACACUCUGCCGACGCGCUCUGCCGAAUUAUACAAGCUCGGAGUGCAUCGUGUUCGCACAGUUCUUUGCUGCGUGUGGUUUACCAUGAACGACAGCUGCAAUAACACAGGAGAGCUGAGGACAUACCAGCACCACGUGUACGCAGUGGUGUACAGUGUCAUCCUUAUACCGGGCCUGCUGGGGAACAUCCUGGCACUGUGGGUGUUCAGGGUUUACAUCCGGGAAACCAAGAAGGCGGUGGUGUUCAUGAUGAACCUGGCUGUGGCUGACUUGAUGCAGGUCCUUUCCCUGCCUCUGAGGAUCUACUACUACCUGAACGACAGCUGGCCCUUUGGUCGCCCACUCUGCAUGAUCUGCUUCUAUCUGAAGUACGUCAACAUGUACGCCUCCAUCUUCUUCCUGGUGUGUGUGAGCUUGCGUCGCUGCGAGCUCAUCAUGCGGCCGCUGAGGUACAACACAUCCAGGAGAAAGGUGGACGUGGUCCUAUGCACCCUGGGCUGGCUCUCGGUCUGCUUGGGCUGCCUGGCCUUCCCCUUGCUGAGACACUCGGACACUACAUCUGGUGUAUUUCCCCCGGAGGUGGGCGCCCCCCUGCUUGGGCCUGACAAGGUGUGUUUUUCGGAGCUGCCCAUGCAGAUGGUCGGUGCAUCAGCGUCCUGGGCUAUCUUGCUCAUAGCGGAGCUCUUAGGCUUCAUCAUCCCCUUCACUCUGGUGUUGGCCUGCACCUGCCUGACCGCCGGGAGCCUUCGUCGGGCCGGAGCUGGAGCCGUUCCUGACAGAGGGGAGAAGCGCAGGGCGUUGAAGAUGGUGCUGAGCUGUGCCGCCGUCUUCUUGGUGUGCUUCGCGCCUUACCACAUCACCAUGCCACUGGAUUUCUUGGCCAAGGCCAAUGUGUUGAGCAGCUGUGCCCUCAGGGACCUGAUUCUCAGAUGUCACCCUGUCACACUCUGCUUGGCCAGCCUCAACUGCUGCCUGGACCCCAUCAUGUAUUAUUUCACCACCAAUGAAUUCUGGAAGCGACUGAGCAAGCCGGACAUAUUGGUUCCGGAGAGUUUGACUGCCAGCAGGCAUGACUCUUGACGGAUUGGAGGACUUCAUGAGUGACUAGUAAGCCUAGUAAGAUUGCCAUGAGUGGAGUACUUCAUGAGUGUGUCAAGCCGCAGAACCUUUGGAAUAACACAGCAAACGCAAAGAAGGUAUAUGUCAUUUGUCCAUUCUCUUAUAGAGAACCUAAACCUAUACCUUGUCUGACUCACAAAUGUUGGAUUUUGAUUUAAAACAAAGCUUAAAAUCCUAAUGUUCAUGCAUUUUGACGUGAGCUUGCACGCGGUUUUGGAUGCCUCUGUUCGCGAGGUUUUGCAGUCUGGCUCUGUGAGGUGGACGUACUUAUCUAGACAUUAAGUCAAACUCUUAGCCAGACAGGAAAAAGCUCCUCCCCCAUCAAUUCAGGUUAUAAGAAAUAACAGAAAUUGUAUAAAUAUUUUUCAAAUAAUCUUGACAUGCGUAUAAUACGGAUGCAGUGACAUACAGUAAAUACUAAGCAGCUUGAUUUAUGCAGUGUAAAUCCAUCGGCAAGUGUACCUAAUAUUGUGACCACUGACCGGGUGAAUCUAUAUAAUGUUUAUGAAGUUUAUUGUCGACCGUGUCUGAAAAAAUAUAGCGGUGACGAUUUCAAGGUAUGUAUUCAAACAGUGUACUUUGGAAA